UAUCAAUUGACACUGCUAUUUAAAAAAAAAAAAAACCAAUAUAUAUAGUGCUCUUCGUUGCCAGAACCUUUUAUUUCAAUAUAUAAAGUUUCUCUCUUAAACUUUUGGCUGGAAACUGGUCACCAGUAAUUUCUCACCUAAUUUCCAAAUUCCCGGAAGCAUCAAUUUCCAAUCGAUCUGUUGAGCGAUAAGGUUUUCCGAGAAUAUUAUCAAGAAACGGAGAUGGACGACAGCUGUGCGGUUUGUGCUGACAAUUUGGAAUGGGUUGCCUACGGCGCGUGUGGUCACCGGGACGUGUGCUCCACGUGCGUCGCUCGUCUCCGCUUCAUCUGCAACGAUCGUCGCUGCUGCAUCUGCAAGACUGAGUCCAACGUCAUCUUCGUCACUAAGGCUUUAGGGGAUUACACGAGGAUGAUCAAUGACUUCUCUGUGUUGCCAUCUGAAGUAAGAGAAGGACGGGUGGGUUCGUAUUGGUAUCACGAGGAUACGCAAGCAUUUUUCGAUGAUGUUGAUCACUACAGGAUGAUCAAGGCAAUGUGCAGGCUUUCAUGUAGUGUAUGUGACAAGAUGGAAGAUCAGUCCAACGAUGGAGUGAAGCGGCGGGGGAAGUUUAGGAACAUUGAACAGUUGAAAGGUCAUUUGUUUCAUAGACAUAGACUGGUUAUGUGCAAACUGUGUUUGGAAGGACGGAAGGUGUUUAUUUGUGAACAAAAGCUAUAUACUAGAGUGCAGUUAAAUCAACAUAUACACACAGGUGACUCUGAGGUGGAUGGAUCUGAAAGUGAGAGAGGUGGCUUCAUGGGACAUCCAAUGUGUGAAUUCUGCAAGAAUCCAUUCUAUGGGGAUAAUGAAUUAUACUCACACAUGUCCACAGAGCACUAUACAUGUCAUAUAUGCCAAAGACAGCAUCCUGGACAAUAUGAAUAUUACAAGAAUUAUGACGACCUUGAGAUUCAUUUUCGCCGAGAUCAUUACCUAUGUGAGGAUGAAGCUUGCCUUGCCAAAAAGUUUAUUGUCUUUCAGUCUGAAGCUGAACUAAAGAGGCAUAAUACCAUUGAACAUGGAGGUCGCAUGUCUCGAGCACAGCGUAAUGCUGCUUUGCAAAUACCAACUAGCUUUCGGUAUAGUCGAAGUAAUGAAGGUAAUCGUCGUGGAACAGGACGAAUGUUUUGGUGUGAGCCAUCUGAUGAACUUUCAAUGGCCAUUGAGGCAAGUUUGGGGACAGCCAGUGAUCCACCAGCAUCAUCCAUUGCACAGGUGGGCUCUGAUCAUGGAGACACAAAUGAUAUUGAUCCACUAGUUCAGCCUUUUGAAUUAUUAUCGACAACAGAUUUUGAAUCAUCUUCAAGAUAUCUUCAAGCAUUGGGGGGAGGCUCAAGGGGUGCACCUUUUCAAGAAUCUUUUCCUCCUCUCCCCAUGGCUCCCAGCAACAUUCAACAAAAUUCUAAACAUAGCUCUGAAGGUUUGCCUAAUAACACCAUGGCAGCACAUCUACGGCGCCAGAAGGUUGGGAAUAAAAAUAUUUUGAGUUCAGCUCAGGCAUGGCCAGCAACAAGUCGCAGGCCCAUGCAAACAUCAAGUAGUUCAAGUCAGUUUAGACCAGCAACAAAUAUUGCCACUGUAACAUCACUUGAUAGUGGUAACAGAGUUUCACAGUUGAGCUAUUCAAGUUCAACUAAUGCACAGGCUCAGGCGCAGGUUCAGGCACGACCAAUAACAGCAGAUAUAUUAAUAUCAUCUGGUUCUCGAAUGAGCUCAGGCAACACAAGUAGGAUUAGCCAUUCUUCAUCAGCUCCAAAUCUUGCUGAUGGUGGAUACUCAGAACCAUCUGUCUCUGAGUUUCCUCCAGUUUCAGCAGCACAAAGGCACAAGCAGUCCUCAAGCAGCCAGGUUCUGAGGAACGUGGAAGAUGUUCAUACAGCCAACAUAUCUUUGGUGGAAAAGAUGCGAGCUGUUCUUGAAUAUGAUGAAGAAAAGUACACUGCUUUUAAAGAAAUAUCCGGACAGUAUCGUCAGGGCUUAAUUGGAACAGACAGAUAUUUGGAUUAUGUACAACAGUAUGGCUUGUCACAUCUAGUUCUUGAGCUGGCUAGACUCUGCCCUGAUGCUCGGAAGCAGAAAGAACUAAUUGACACCUACAAUGCUAGUUUUCAAAGCAAUGGUUUGCAAGAGAAUGGUGGGGCUCAAGUUGGUGUCUGGUUGAAGGAUAAUAAUGCCUCUAAGAAAGGGAAAGGGAAGUCUCUGGAUGCUGCGGUCAGUAAUUCAAAGGAUACACUGGCUGAUAGUAUUAUGAGCAGUGUCCACAAAUUACAGUCAAGUUAUAAGCCUUCUGGAGAACAGGCAAAGGUGCUAUCAAAGGAUGGCUACCGUCCUGCCAAAGGCAAAUCAAAGGUGAUGGGCGAUGAACAGCAAGUGGAACUGAAUUCUAACAAUCAGCCCUCAAUAAAAAUUGGGGGCCAAAAUGAUUCCUUAUCUGCUAAAUCCGGGGAUGGGGGGGGUGGUAGCAAGCAACGAAAGAAAACUUCAAAGUUUCACCGGGUGCGGCUUGGUGAUGGUUCAAUGGCAGCACUAUUGGAUCUAGAAAAUUCUGAGCCAGAACCUGAUCCUAAACCAUUAGAUAACGCUUUUGAUGGCGGCCAAAACUCUACUGACGGAUUGACUGUACGGGGCGAUUGGAAGAAAGGAGGAAGUCGGAAACUCUUUUUAUAGGUGAUAAGCCAAAACCUUGCUGGAAGAUGGUGUUUGCCGCCAGGGAGGUCACAUCUUUCUUGGAAAUGACCUAGAAGCAUUUUCAAAGGUGAUUUGAGUGCUAUGAUGUUAACAGAAGUGGUGGCUAUAGAUGGAGAAGAUUGCAUUAAUGGCCUGGGUUUUUAGGGAGUUACAGAAACUAUCCUAGUUGUGUUGGCUUUUAUUACUUAGCCACUGUGGAUGAUAAUUUUGUCCAACAUGGUGAUUUAGAGGUGAGAAGGACCGAUCUGGAGUUUGGAUAUUGUUCUUUUAAGUGUGUUUUCACUGAGCGAUAAAAAAAACCUUUUGCAGAGUUGAAGAUUGUGGGUUUGUCUUCAUACAUGCUUUUGAAGGUUCUUGGUUUGAAGAUUGUGGGUUUCUUUUCUUUGCUCUC